AUGCCCCAGUCAGCGGGUAUCAUCAGUGGGAUCCAGAAGAUGGUUCUAUAUGAAACCAGAGCUCGAUAUUUUUUGGUGGGGAGCAAUCAGGCACAGACCAAGCACAGAGUUCUAAAGAUUGACCGCACAGAACCCAAGGAUCUGGUCAUAAUCGACGAUAAGCAUGUGUAUAACCAACAAGAGGUACGGGAUUUGCUGAGCCGGCUGGACUUGGGAAACCGCACUAAGAUUGGCCAGAAGGGCUCCUCGGGCCUGUCCAGGUCCGUUACUGCCAUUGGUAUUGUGGGCUUUGUACGGUUCCUUGAGGGGUACUACAUUGUGUUGAUCACCAAGCGCAGAAAGAUGGCUGACAUUGGCGGCCAUUCCAUCUACAAGAUUGAAGACACCAGCAUGAUUUAUAUCCCCAAUGACUCGGUCCGGGUCACUCACCCUGAUGAAGCGAGAUAUGUGCGGAUCUUUCAGAAUGUGGACCUAUCCAGCAACUUUUAUUUCAGCUACAGCUAUGACCUUAGCCACUCGCUGCAGUACAACCUGACUUUGCUACAGAGGCCAUAUGAACUGUGGUCAUCAGCUGCUUCCUCCACCGAGGAUGAGGUGCACACGAAGAGCAAGCAGGACAGCUUUGAUAUCUUUGAAGAUGAAGGUCUGCCUACGCAAGUGGUUUACGGCCUCCAGAACGAGCCGUACUACAAGUACGUGUGGAACGGGAAGCUGCUGGAACGAGUCAAGGACAUAGUGCAUCAUGACUGGCUCAUGUACAUAAUCCACGGCUUUUGUGGCCAGUCCAAGCUUCUGAUCUAUGGCCGCCCAGUUCACAUUACCCUCAUUGCCAGGCGGUCAAGCAAAUUUGCCGGGACCCGUUUCCUCAAAAGAGGAGCCAACUGUGAGGGGGACGUAGCAAAUGAGGUAGAGACGGAACAGAUAGUCCAUGAUGCCUCAGUCAUGUCCUUCACAGCUGGAAGUUACUCCUCGUAUGUCCAGGUGCGAGGUUCCGUCCCUUUGUACUGGUCCCAGGACAUUUCCACCAUGAUGCCAAAACCACCAAUACGAUUGGACCAAGCUGACCCAUACGCCCAUGUAGCUGCACUCCAUUUUGACCAGAUGCUUCAGCGAUUUGGUUCACCCAUUAUCAUCCUCAACCUGGUUAAGAAACGGGAAAAAAGGAAACACGAGAAGAUUCUGAGUGAAGAGCUGUACCCGGCUGUGAUCAACCUAAAUCAGUUCCUCCCUCCAGACCACUGCAUCGACUACAUUGCCUGGGACAUGGCCCGCUACACCAAGAGUAAGCUGUGCAACGUUUUGGACCGUCUGAGUAUGAUAGCAGAAAAUGUGGUAAAGAGAACUGGUUUCUUCGUUAAUCGCUCUGACUUCUACUCUCAUACCUUAAGGCCAGAUGACAGGUGGGGAGACGUGGGUGGACAUAUCACAGCCAGUGGACGGCUGCAGACAGGAGUGUUGCGGACAAACUGUGUGGACUGUUUGGAUCGGACCAACACAGCCCAGUUCAUGGUGGGGAAGUGUGCACUGGCCUAUCAACUGUAUGCACUAGGAAUGAUUGACAAGCCCAAGCUCCAGUUUGAUACAGACUGUGUGAGGUUGUUUGAGGAGCUGUAUGAAGACCAUGGAGACACUCUGUCACUGCAGUACGGUGGAUCCCAGUUGGUCCAUCGAGUUAAAACCUACCGGAAGAUCGCACCCUGGACGCAGCACUCCAAAGACAUCAUGCAGACACUGUCACGCUACUACAGCAAUGCUUUCUCAGAUGCUGACAGACAGGACGCCAUCAACUUGUUUCUUCAAGUCUUUCAGCCAUCUGAGUCCAAGCCGCACCUGUGGGAGCUGCCCACAGACUUCUACCUCCACCAGAGGAGCACCAUGUCCCUCCUCCAAGACAGACGCAGCUACACACUGUGGUGGUCAGAAGGAAUCCUGUCCUACCUUCCUGUGGCCUAUGAUGAAGUCCCUUGUGAGCAGACCAUGAAGAAGGUGGAAGUGAAGAGGGUGAACCGCUUCGACGAGAGUAUCGACACCUACACAGAAUUCUUCAAACCUUACGAACUCACCUCUUUUGAUGACACAUUCUGCAUUAUGAUGACAAACUCUGCAAGGGAAUUUAUGCCCAAGACAGUAGGAGUAGAUCCGAGCCCAUUCACAGUUCGCAAACCAGAGGAAACAGGGAAAUCAGUACUGGGCAAUAAGAGUAAUAAAGAAGAAACGCCACUCCAGAGGAAAACGGCAGCCAGCGCACCUCCUCCCCCAAGCGAGGAGGCCAUCUCCAGCUCAUCAGAGGACGACUCUGAGGAGGACCGCGACGAUGACGGAUCUGUGUCCCAGCGGUCCACACCAAUUAAGCUCCUAACAGAGUCUGGAGAGAGCAGUCGCACACAGGAGGAUAUCCAGCAACAGCAGCAGACUGUGAAGGAACCUUACGGACUCAGUUUGGCUCAAUUUCCUGAUGACAAGGACCUGCUCAUUUAUGAAAGGUUUGCACAUCUGGGCCAGAGCCAACACAGAGUGGAGAAAACUGAAAACAUAAAGCUGGCACACAUCAUUAGUUUAGAGCCUGUGUCCUGCCUCCCAGAGGACAGCGUCUACUCCAUGUUACCUCCGCAGGUCGACUCCGACAGCCGCGAUGUGUUCGAGAGCCAUGUGAUGACCGGCCGAGGUCAAGUGAGGCCACUUUGCAGAGAGGACAUGUUAAUGUACCGGGAGUACGUCAAGAACAGAUACAUGUGAGGUGCAGACGACACCAACUGGACUCUUGUUACUCAACACUGUGCUUCAUUCCACAAAAUCUUUUAACAAUAAUUGAACAAUAGAAUCUUUGGUACAUGUCAGGGGUUGAACUCAAGUUAAUGGUGUAUUUUAACAUGUUUACGCAUCACCCACAUGGUACUUUUCAUUUGCCAUUUCCUAUUUGUUCUGUUUUAGCAUUUUAAAGAAAAAUGCUUUUAGUCUUAAAUAUUUCAGAACUUGAAUGUUUGAAAUGAUUAAAAUAAUGCAAAGAUUG